UGAAAUUAAAAGGGAGGAGGAGGGCAGCAGCCCGUCAGAACCCACACUCCUUCCUGGCGACCAGAUGCCCAGGAGAGGAGCUGGGGAGCCGGGGGACAGGAUGGCCCCGCAGAGAGCUGUGCAGCUGUCCCUGAAGACGCCCACCCACGCCGUGUGUGUGGUGGGAGUCGAGAUGCUGGUGGACGUGCACAGCGACGUGCCCGAGGGCGCCAAGACCUUCGGGGUCUCUGGGAGCUCCGGGGUGGAGGUCUUUGUGGUCUACAAUCCCGCACGGGUGACAGAGCCCACAGGCAAGGCCCGCUGGCCGCUGGGCGCCGAAGUGGACGUGGUCGUGUCCAUGGACACAGCCAGCAAGGACUUGGACGACCGCAAGGUGAAGGUCUUCUACUUCGGGGAGCCCGAGGAGGAUGCUCUGGGCCACAGUGUGCUCUACCUCACUGGCGCAGAUGUUUCCCUGGAUGUCGACGCAGGCCGCACAGGCACGGUGAAGAGAAGCAGAGGGGACAAGAAAACCUGGCGCUGGGGCCCUAAGGGCUAUGGGGCUGUCUUGCUGGUGAACUGUGACCGGGACAGCCAGCAGUCCAGGGAGCCUGACCUUGCCAACAGCCAGCUGACCACACUAGAUGACCUGCAGGACAUGUCCCCAAUGGUGCUGAGCUGUGAUGGCCCCGACGAGCUCUUCAGCAGCCACAAGCUGGUCUUAGACGUGUCCCUGGCUGACUCCAAAAGAGUGGGGGUCUUCUGUGCUCGGGGCGGGAACUCCCUGGAGGACUACAAGCAGGUCCUGGGCCCCCACCAGCUGUCCUACAAAGUCGAGCGGCAGCGGGGGGAGCGGGAGAUCACCUUCUACGUGGAGGGGCUCGCCUUCCCCGACGCCGAUUUCCUGGGGCUGGUUUCCCUCCACGUCAGCCUGGUGGACAUGCGGACCAUGCCUGCGGUGACCCUCUUCACAGACACCGUGGCCUUCCGCGUGGCCCCCUGGAUCAUGACCCCCAACACCCAGCCCCCCGAGGAGCUGUAUGUGUGCAGCGUCAUGGACGCUCAUGGCCCAAAUGAUAAAUUUCUGGAAGACAUGUCUCGCCUGGCAUCGAAAGCCCACUGCAAGCUGGUCGUCUGCCCUCGGGUUGAAAAUCGAAAUGACCGCUGGAUCCAGGACGAGAUGGAGUUUGGCUACGUGGAGGCCCCGCACAAGUACUUCCCCGUGGUCUUCGACUCCCCCCGAAACAGAGGCCUGCGGGAUUUCCCCUAUAAGAAGAUCCUGGGUCCCGACUUUGGAUAUGUAACCCGGGAGAUCCUGGCCGCCGGUGCCUCCAGCCUAGAUUCCUUUGGCAACCUGGACGUGAGCCCGCCCGUCACGGUGGGUGGCGUGGAGUACCCCCUGGGCCGGAUCCUCAUCGGCAGCAGCUACCCCAAGUCCGGCGGGCGCCAGAUGGCCAGGGUGGUGAGAAACUUCCUGCAGGCCCAGCGGGUGCAGGCGCCCGUGCAGCUGUACUCGGACUGGCUGUCCGUGGGCCACGUGGACGAGUUCCUGUGCUUCGUGCCGGCCACACCGACAGGAAGGUGCGGCUUCCGGCUGCUCCUGGCUAGCCCCAGCGCUUGCCUCAAACUCUUCCAGGAGAAGAAAGAGGAGGGCUACGGGGAGGCGGCCCAGUUUGAUGGGUUGAAAUACACAGGAAAGAUAAGCAUUAAUGAGAUGCUGGCGGACAGGCGCCUCCAGAGCGACAGUCUCCACGCACAGAAAUGCAUCGACUGGAACCGCGAGGUGCUGAAGCGGGAGCUGGGCCUGACGGAGCGCGACAUCGUGGACGUGCCCCAGCUGUUCUCCGUGAGGGGCUCCUACGCAGAGGCCUUCUUCCCGGACAUGGUCAACAUGGUGGUCUUGGGCAAGCACCUGGGCAUCCCCAAGCCCUAUGGGCCCAUCAUCAAUGGCCGCUGCUGCCUGGAGGAGAAGGUGCGGUCCCUGCUGGAGCCACUGGGCCUCCGCUGCGCCUUCAUCGACGACUACCUGUCCUACCACAAGCUGUCCGGGGAGAUCCACUGCGGCACCAACGUGCGCCGGAAGCCCUUUCCCUUCAAGUGGUGGAACAUGGUGCCCUGAGCCGGCGCCCGCCUGCCGUCCUCUCUGUCCUCUGGCCCGGGGGACCCCGCCCUCCUGGCCUCCGUCCUCUUGGGGGGCCUUGGCGCUUUGCAAACCUGCUGGUCACCGUGGGCACUGGGACACAGGGACGGCCGCCGCCCGUCCUCGCCUCCGGAGUGGCCUGCCCAGCCUGAGAAGGAGUCACCUCAUUCUCCCGCUCCUCUUUCACACCCGCAGCCCCAGAGGGUCUGGAGAAGCCCGGCAGCCCUGGAACGCCCCCGAGAGGGCCUGGGCGGGCGGACCCCGCUUUGAAUCACUCCCCCAUCCUGUCACCUCCCUGGGGCACACGGGUAAUAACUGCCUGCCCCCCAACCCCAGGGCCUGCGCUCCAGGGUGGGGGCCGGGUUCCAGGCUGCCUCUGGCUCCCUUGAGACUGAGGGGAGACCAGAGCCCUCCUCUUCCUCCACCCCCUUUCUCCUCCCAAAUGGGACCCAAAGCUAUGGACCCCACUCCCCUCCCAGUGCACUUCAGCUGCAUGCAGCCAAACAAGGACAGGAAAACCCAGUGUCCCAGGGCCUAUUUUAAAAAGAAAAAAAAA